AGUUGCCUGGGACACGACGUGUAAACAUUACCGACGAUGAACUUAUUUGUACAAGAAAAUCGGUAAGGUAGGCCUAUUGGCAUUGCAACUGGGCUUUGUGGUAAUGGACAAGGAGAAAUACGUAGCAAAGAACUGGAAACAGUGCACCCCUGCGGAGUUUCUUCGAAUGACAAACUUGCAAAAGGGUAGAUAUCUGGCAUAUGAAGAACCACCUAAACAUGUGUCAGAAGCUCGGGCACAAAGUUUAUCAAGAGUUAAAAACUGGAAAAAGAUCAAUGUAACAGAGGAAAUCGAAAUGCCUAGUGUAGAUCUUGGGACCAGGUUUCAUAUGCACCUAAGUGAGGAAGAAGCAAAACAAAGGGCAAUAGAGGCAGGUCGCAGACUCGUGAACGCUAGGUCACGCUACAUCGCGUGCAAGUCCCAGGACAUCAGUCAGCUGAUCAGUAGCCAGCCGACAGUACUGAAGGCUAUCCGGCUAGAGAGUUUGCUCCCGCCCCACCCGCAGUCCUCCUGCCCACCUACACUGCUGACCCUUGCCCAGCAAGCACGUGUGGAGGAACUACUCGAGGACACGCAGGGCCUGACCACGAACAGACAGCUGUGAAAAAAAUGUUUCGUAUCUGUUAGAUUUACGAUUUUAUUUCGUUUUCCGUCCACGCGAGUUUCGGGUAACAAUUACGGAACAAAAACAUUCAAAUAUCAUAUAUACAUGUGUGUAAAUAUAAAAUGCAUUCGAUAAUCACUUCUUGGUAAUUUUGAUAAUAAUAUAGACGGUAGACCUAUGUACUUCUACCCGAUUUUAAAGGCAUACUAGGCCCAUUGAUUAUGCAAUGUUGACGAAUGCUAGAGUAACUGGCACCUUGUGUAGUUAAUA